UUGAGAUAAAAACGGCUGCAUUGGACCUUUAAUGGGAAUGUGAGAGGAGAUGUGGAACCACAGGGGCGACCAAUAGCGCAGGCGCUCCACCCUCUUCAAUUAAAUAAUCUGAAGGUUUUCUGUGCUAAACCGAAGAUGGCGACAGACUAAACUAGACUGUCAAAAGGAAGGGGAAGAUGAGAGGCAAAUGUCGCUUUUUGCACUAAAAACGGAAGAAAAAAUAAGACUUGUCAUGUUUGAGAAUGGCAGAUAUAGAGUAAAGAUUUCGUUUUUGUACGUGCUAUGCGUUUCUUGUGUGAUGCUGCACCGGUGCUGGGGGUGUCGGUAGGAUUUCACAACAUGUUACAAUUUUGGGUGUAUAGGGAAUAUUAUGCCGGACGUUAUCUAUUUGCAAUGGAUUAGACGCCGGGGUUUGGAGCUGGAUUGAUUUCUUGACACAACAACUUGGAAAAAAUGCUUCCCAUCACCAUGUUGCAAACGAGGUAGGGGAUAUAUUGCAAAGGUGAAAAAGCCAUCUGAGAUCGCUUUUGUCUACCCCCUAAAAUAUGAUCAGGGGUGCUUGGAUGUUUCGAAGGGAAGAUGACGCCGUGUUAAAAAUAUGUUGUGCACCCAAACAAAACGACAAACCCUGUGCCGAUUCCGAGAGGGUACAGAAAUGGCGAAUGUCUUUGGCAUCCCUAUUAUUUUUCACUGUCCUUCUCUCUAAUCACCUCUGGCUGUGUGCUGGAGUUAAACUGAGGUCCAAGGAUAGGAGCAACCGCAAAAUCUGGAUCAACGCGACUGACGGGGUCCACCCGGCUCUAAAUGAGGGGAAAUGUGGUAUUUUUCUAAGCAAUUUGACCAAAUCCGCUGCUCCAGGUCCUCAUUGCACUGAUGCUCAAAGCCACCACACACACCUGGAGUCAGCCUGCACCAUAUUGUAUCGGCAAAAAACUGACUUUAGGUCCUCAACUCCAUCAACGUUCUCGUCACAGAUGUUACUUGAUUAUUUUAGGAAUUUUAGCCUCUCUUUUUGUGAUUCUUACACCAUUUCCGACUUACUGUUGGGGAUGUCAAGCCCAGACAGUUUAAAUUGCAGUCUUCAGAACAUGGUUUUGGAUUUGUUUAGCAGCGGUGGGGAUGAUGAGGAUGUCUGCAGCAUCUGUAUCCAGGCGUACAUGAGGCUGGACCAACACGCUCAGGAAAAAUAUGAGGAGUUUGACUUCUUCUUUCUCAAGUAUUUAUCAGAGGAUUAUUCUGUCCGAUCCCACACAGAGGACUGUAAGUCAGUCUACAAAGCCUGGUUAUGCUCAGAAUACUUCAACGCCACCCAGAGCCAGUGUCAACACAGGAUUCCCUGCAAGCAAUAUUGUCUGGAGGUCCAGACCAUGUGCCCCUUUGUGUUACCAGACAAUGACGACUUGGUCUAUGGAGGACAAUCCAGUUUCAUCUGUGCAGGGCUACUAGAAAACCAUUUAACCAAUGCAGACCCAGAGUGUUGUGACGUCAGAUGGAGUGGCUGCGACCCCUCUGUGGGGGCGGCGUGUGCCCUGACCCAGCUUCCGGGGUCAUCAUCAUGGCAGCGGCGCAGCUCCCCACCUGUGUCGGCUGCGUCGCGACUGUGCAGCAGCAGACUCAGACUGUGUGUUCUGGUCCUCAUCCUGCUGCACACUGUCGUCUCCUUUUCCACUGUCCAGAGCAGUGGCGCAGUGGGCCUGGAGGCCAUGGUACCCCUGCCCCUGGAGGAGAGCUCUGCCCGAGAGGAGUGACUGAUGAUGAACAAGAGUUUCUACUGUUCCCCCCCGGCUUCCAGUCUACAGAGACUCCCUUCCUUCCCACUACCUGAGGAGUGAGGCGUUUAUAACCCUCUCUCUCCAUCCAGUCCCCUCCACAGGACAUCAGGAAUGAGGAGGUUAUACACCACUCCAGGGAAGGCUACAGGUCGGUAUACCUCUUCGCCCUCUACCACACUAGAGGUGUGGCGAAGCACGGGCCCUCCCCUCCCGCAACACAGAGGGAUAUGGAGGUAGAUAAGGCUUCGGAACUGAGAGCCAGCCAUAUCUCACGUGUAAGGAGGACAUGAGAGGGCAUGGUGAAAGAGGCGGGUCUCCCAUCAUGCUGAAAGAGGUACUGAAUGCUGUUUCUAAGAAGGGUUUGGGUACAAAUGGCCUUUUUCGCUUAUCACCACUCUAUUUAAUACGUUUGAGUGAUGGUUUUGGGGAGUUACGUACGAUGUUGAGUUUGUGAAUUGCACAAUUGGGAAAGCGUGAGUUGCAGGCUUGUAUGCUACUUUUUACAAGUUUUGUGUGUGUGUGUGUGUGUGUGUGUGUGUGUGUGUGUGUGUGUGUGUGUGUGUGUGUGUGUGAAUGCAGUGAACAAGUCAGCAAUUUAAUUUAUAUGACCCAACACAUGAAAUCAGGUGAUCAUUACAUCUUUCAAGCCAAUAGUAUACUCGCGAGAAAUACUUUGUUUGGCUUACAGUAAAUAUAGUUAUUACUAUUCUCAGUAACACUACCCUCAUUGUCAUAUACCAAGCAGAAUAAUUUCAUGCAAAUAUUAGAUUACAGAUCCUAACCGAAGGUAAACCAUGUUGUUUUUGAUAGAUGUCAGAGGUAUACUAUUAAUGCUGUGGAGGAACAUGUGUCUAUGCAAAGCUGAUUGAAACCAGUGGAAACUCCCCCUGGGUGUCUAAUCGCUUACAGAAGGUAGAUGAUUGUGCCAUGGAAGACUGUCUGGAUUAUAACUACACCAAUCAUUUCUUACUCAUAAAACAGACAAUUUACCACAUAUAACAUAUAACAAAGACCCAGAAUGGCUAAUUGGAGCAGGAGGCCCUUAAUCACGGCUAAAUGUUUAAGAAAAUAUUUUCAAGAUGCGAAUGCGUCGCAUCAUCAAAAACAAUUUCUGUCACAGUAGAGAUUUAGGGUGUGUCUAUGCCCUCAAUGUGAAAUAGAGUGAUUAUUUGGAAAGAACCAAAACGUUUAUAUAUAUAUAUAUAUAUAUAUAUUACUUCUAAAUUCUAAAUAUCAGAGAUAUGAAAAAGAUCCACCUUGAUUUUUUUCAUAAAGGUCAUCUGUUGGCACGGUAUUGUUAUUUGUAAAGAAGAGCUAGAGUAUAACUAUAUAAAUGGUUCUCAUGUGUUUCUGAUUAAUCACAUAAAAUUAUUCUGACCUCUCUCUUCCUGGCAUAAUCUGUGUAUUAUUAAAAAUAAAACGUUUUUUACAUUUGGGCUUGUCUUUGGGAAGCUGAAAUAAGAUGUCUUCCAAUGUGACAAAUUGAUUCACAAAUACAAAUAUAUUUGACACAUUAUUUGUAUCUUACAAAGUCAUUCUAAGCCAAAACUAUUGUUUUAGAGUAAUCCUGGGUUCACCUCCCAAACACAUACUGUAUGUGACCUUGGUCUACCACAACACAGGCAUACUGUUUAUGUCCUAACAAAGCUAUUGUAACUAUUUUACUAUUGAAAAACUAUAUCAUAGUAGAGGUUUUUACAGAGUAUAUGUAUAUGAAUUGAACUUGGAUUUGAAAAUAUGAUAUAAAAAAGUAUGACAUUUAUGAGAUUCUUCAUUUAUCCUAAAUAAAAUAUAUAAUAUCACUGUAGCCUUUUAAUGCCUACAAUGAAUUAGUAGGUGCUAAUUUUAUGUCAGUGUCUAACGAACUGCUAGUUUCUUUAGUUUAUAUUGCUAAAAGAUAGUUAUUUUUCUUACGACUGACUGUGGUGUGUAACUGAAUAUCUAACAGACAUUGUUGACAUGCUGAUUUAUAAACUGGUUGAAGAUACCAAACACUGUAAAAGAGACAACCAUGUUGAUAACUAUACCUUGGGAUUGAAAAUCCUGCCUGCCUUGUAUGACUAACGUGUGAAACAUUGUCUGGUCUCCCUAUUUCCAAAAAGGCCACUUGUACCCUUCAUUCAUAUCAGUCAUGGCUGUUGCUCAUCCUGCUAGAAUAUGAAGGAGUCGUACCUCUAUCAGAGAAGGGAAAAGGGGAUAUACAUGGUGUCCUAAGCCUGUAUUCUGUUAGGGAAAUACUUCUUAUGCCAUUUUAUACACUGUGCUUCAUUGUUUAGAACGUUUUGCACUAGUUCUAAUAACAUUUAUUUUUCUCUGAGAUUGUUUUGAAACUGUGCUAAUUAAUUCCGUUCUAAAAACAAAUAUUAUCCCAUAUCUGUGUUUCUAGCUAACCUGUAUAUAUGAAAUCGGUUUUCUGUUUCAUUUGUAUUUUGGGCAGAUCAGUGCCUGUUCACUGUUAAAGCCCAAUAAAGUAAUACAAUUGUUCAUCAACA